UCUGAUUGGCUGCAGCGCGGCGUCGGCAGCAGCGGACCAAUGAUCGCGGGCCACGCUGAGAGUUGAUCGUGUAGUUUAGCAGCGGACCGAGCGCCGAGGAGCGAGUGUUUGUGAGGACGAGAGAAGAGCAGCUGAGACCAUGAGGCCACUUUUACUUGGAGUGUUGGGCUGCUCCCUGCUGCUGUGUGUCCAGGCCAUGUACUCGGCCAGUGAUGAUGUGGUGGAGCUCACAGCCUCCAACUUCAACAGGGAAGUGAUCCAGAGUGACAGUCUGUGGCUGGUGGAGUUCUACGCUCCCUGGUGCGGCCACUGUCAAACUCUUGCUCCGGAUUGGAAGAAAGUGGCAACGGCCCUCAAGGGAAUUGUCAAGGUCGGUGCCGUGGACGCAGAUCAGCACAAGUCGCUGGGCGGACAGUACGGCGUCAGAGGGUUCCCCACCAUCAAGAUCUUUGGAGGCAAUAAGAACAAGCCAGACGAAUACCAAGGUGGACGCAGUAGUCAGGCCAUCGUGGACGGAGCCAUGAACUCUUUGCGGAGUCUGGUGAAAGAUCGGCUGAGCGGCAAAUCCGGCAGCUCUGGCUACAGCAAACAGCAGAGUGGCGGCGGCGGCGGCGGCAGCAAGGAGGACGUAGUGGAGCUCACCGACGACAACUUUGACAAGUUGGUGCUGGAAAGUGAUGAUGUGUGGCUGGUGGAGUUCUUCGCCCCCUGGUGUGGACACUGCAAGAACCUGGAGCCUGAGUGGGCGGCUGCAGCCACAGCUGUGAAGGAGCAGACCAAGGGCAGAGUUCGCCUCGGAGCUAUGGAUGCGACUGUACACCAGGCUGUGUCCGGCCGCUACGGGAUCCGUGGGUUUCCCACCAUCAAGAUUUUCCGCAAAGGCGAGGAGCCCGAGGAUUUCCAAGGAGGCCGCACCCGUGGCGAAAUCAUCGAGAGAGCCUUGGAUCUGUUCUCUGACAACGCUCCUCCUCCUGAAACGCUGGAGAUUCUCAGUGAAGACGUCUUGAAGAAGACGUGUGAGGACAGUCAGUUGUGUAUAAUUGCCGUCCUGCCUCACAUCCUGGACACAGGUGCAGCUGGUAGAAACGGUUAUCUGGAGGUGAUGGUUAAGAUGGCUGACAAGUACAAGAAGAAGAUGUGGGGCUGGCUGUGGACUGAGGCAGGAGCUCAGAUGGACCUGGAGGCCUCUCUGGGUAUUGGUGGAUUUGGCUACCCCGCCAUGGCCGCCAUCAACACACGCAAGAUGAAGUUUGCUCUGCUGAGGGGCUCCUUCAGUGAGACUGGCAUUCAUGAGUUCCUCAGGGAGCUCUCUGUGGGCCGUGGCUCUACCGCCACACUGGGAGGUGGCGUCAUGCCCAAGAUUCACGCUGUUGAACCCUGGGACGGCAAAGACGGACAGCUUCCUGUGGAAGAGGACUACGACCUCAGUGACAUAGACCUAGAUGACAUCUUUGAGAAAGUUGAGUUAUGAGUCCAAAACGGGGCGGGAUCUGAUCCUGACUGGUUGGGUCCUGCGCGACCCACCCCCCUCUCCUGUGGACGAGCGGGAGUCCUGGUCGCCCAGUUACUGAAAUACUCCAGAAAAGACACGAGACACCUGCAGUUUCUCUACAUCAUCUUUGGACAGGAAGAAUAUGAGGGGGGUGAAGUUGUCAUGUCCCUGAAGUGAACUCUCGAACCUGCUGAACAGAAGAAGCUGCGUAUUUAUACGACCGCCACCCUCUGAGAGGAGGAGUGAGGAGUUUCUGAAUGUGGCAUCGCAGUUAUUCAAGUCCCUUCUUCCGCCAUCUUCAAGCACCUUCUCUAGGAUUCUACUUGUCAGAGUAACACUUCAAUGUCCAGUCUGGUGUUUUCUAAAUAUACCUUUUUCUUUUUCCUUCUCUUUUUAAAUCAGUGAACGUUGAGAAUCUUAGUGGGUUUGGCCCCAUGUCUGUCCCGGACAAGGGAAUACUGUGGGACUUCUUGUGUAUAUUUUUCUUACACGACUUUAUUUCAAUUGUGUGAAAACAAAAUGACGUUUUUGUUACAAAAAUAAAAAGGAAUUAAAAACAA